AUGUCAGGUUUAUUGGAUGAUGAUGAAAUCAUUCAAGUUUCACCAGAUUCUAUUAUAACAUCAUCAAUUGGUAGUGCAUCAUUAAAUUAUAGUGUAAAUGGUGCAGAUGAUAAUAAAUCAAUUCCACCAAGCUCACCACAACAAAAUUUAUUAGAGAAUGAUACAUUAUCACCACCACCACCACUACCAACACAAACAAUAAAUACAUCAUCAUCACCACCUCCACCAACAAUUAUAACAACAACAACAACAACAACAACUACAACUGCAAUGUCACCAGUUGCAACAACUACUACAUCAUCACCAACAAUAUCAGCCUCACCAACAUAUAUAACAUCACCAAGUGGUACUAGAUUAUCAGGUGGUAAUACAUUUAAUGCACAACAAUUGAAAUCAUUAUUAUUGGCAAGCAAUAUACCAAUUCCGCCAGUACCAACAUCACCAACAUCAACACCACCAAAUUUACAAACUAAUAAUAACAACAAACAAGAUAAAGAUAAAGAUAAUGAAACCUUUGCAACAUUAAUUAAUGAAGAAUUACCAUUAACAACAGAAGAGAAAGAAAAUAUUAAAGCGCAAAAAAAAGAUUUAAUUUCAUCAUUACCAGAGGUACCAUUAUUUAUAUCACCAUCACCAACACUCUCUAGAAAUAAUAAUGGUAAAAGGAAUUCUGGUGGUAAUAAACCACCAUUAUCACCAAUUAAAAUUAGUAGUACAAGUGCUGCUGGUGAUGUUUCACCUUCAAUCUCUUUAAACAAUAGUGGUAGUGGUAUCUAUAAUAGUACUUCACCAUCUGGUACAGCUUCAACUCAAACUUUAAAUAUUUUAUCACAAUUACAACAACAACAACGUAAUGGUAACAACAACAACAACAAUAAUAAUAAUAAUAAUUAUUUAAGUUCACCAACAAUGCCAGCACUAAAUAAACAUUCAACCCAUGGUAAUUUUCAUAAUUCAGUAGCAGGUUAUGGUAAUAAUAAUAAUAAUAAUAAUAAUAACAAUAAACAACCACAACAUCCAAUGAAUGGUAAUCAUUCACCUUCAAAUGGUACCAGUGGUUCAUUAUCAAUGUCAGGUAGUGGUAUUGAUAAUGGUGGUAAUAAUAAUAAUAAUAGUAAUACUCAUGGUAGCAGUAGUAAUCAAUCAAGUGGUGUUACAUCGCCAAUUAUUCAAUCAACAUCACCACAACCACCACAUUUAACAGGACUAAACUCUGAUUCACAAAUGCCAUUAUCAUCAUCACCAACUAUGGGUUAUCCAAGAGGUAAUCAUAAUAAGAAAACAUCAGCAUCUGCAGUUAGCAGUCAAAAUAGGUCACCAUUAAUGAAUUCAACAGGUGUAUCAUCGUCAUCAUCAGGUGUUAAACAAGCAGGUGCCGGUGAAAAAGUUAUGCAAUUUUUAGGUAAAAUGAGUCUUUCAAAAGAGAGAAUGAGUAAAUUAGUUAGUCAAAGUAAAGAACAAUAUAAAACACCAUCAUCACCAUACCAGCAAUCAACCUCCUCCUCUAUAUCAAGUGGUAGUGGUACAAUUAGUGGUCACACAUCACCAAACUCUUUAAACAGUGUUCAAGUUGUACCAUUCGAAGGUAUAUUCGGUAUACCAUUACGUGUAAUAUUACGUUACCCAAACGAAAGUGGUAAUCAAAUACCCUCAAUUUUAAAUUCAAUCUUUACAAUCUUAGAAUCAAGUAGUGCAUUAUCAACAAAUAGAUUGUUUUAUGGUGAUUAUAAUACAAGUACUAGUAAUUUAGCCUCAAGUAUUAGUCCAAUCUCAACUGCUGCAAAUACAACCAUACCAACAAUUAGUGUACCAACAUCUCCAAAUUUAUCAUCAUCAUUAUCAUCAUCUUCUUCAUCUGGUUCAUCUGGUAAUUCAUCACCAAAUAUUAUAAAUCAACUACAACAACAACAACAACCACAGCCUACUACUACAACAACAACAAAUACAAAUACAUCACCACAUCAAUAUUUAUCACAAAAAUCAAUUAAAUUAGAAGUUGAAAAUAUUUGUAAUCAAUAUGAUCAAGGUAUUGAAGUAUCACUUAAAAAAUGUAAUGUUCAUGUUGUUUCAGAAAUUUUAAUUGAAUUUUUUAAUCGUUUACCUGAACCAAUUAUAAGUGUUGAAUUUUAUGAAACUCUUUUAAAUUAUUAUCAAACUGAAACUUUAUUACAUUUAAUGAUUAGGAAAAUGAAUAAUCCAAAUAAAUCAAUUUUAUGUAGAUUAAUGAAAUAUUUAAAAGAUAUUAUGGUAUAUACAAAUUUUAAUGAUGUUACAUUGGAAUUAUUAGUUGAAAGAUUUCAUAAAUUUAUAUUAAGACCAACUAUUGGAACAAUUGCUCAAAGUAAAGAGAUUAGUGAAUCACAUUUAAAGACAAUUAAAGAUAUUGUAACAAUGUUUAUUCAACAAGCUGAUAUUUUAUUCCAAUCACCUGAAGAACGUAUGAAUACAGAUGAUGCUCAAAUUCUUUAUAUUGAAGAGGUAUUAACAUCAACACAAAAGAGUCAACAUCAAUCAUCAGUUGGUAAUUUAUGGUUAUUUCAUAAACAAAUUGUUUGGAGACCAAAGGUUAAUAUUGAUCAUGGUGAACCUGAUUUAGCUAUUUUAUUUAGCAGUAUUUUAAAAAUUGUAUUAUAUACACCACCACAAUCAUCAUCAUCAUCGUCAUCAUCAUCAAUAUCAAAUUCGUCAUCAGCAUCAUCAUCGUCAUCAUCAACACCAUCAAUAUCGUCAACAUCACUAUCAUCAUCAUUAAAAGUAUUACCUAAUUUUACAGUUUAUUGUAGUAGUGAUACUAAAACAGUUAUAACAUUUUCAUUUCAGUCACCUUCAACAUGUAAAUUAAUAUAUGCAUAUAUAAAUUCAGUAACUAAAUCAAUAUCACAAUUGAAUAGAAUUAUACCACAAAAGUUGGAUAUGUUUUCAUUAGAGUUGGAAAGUUUACCAAACGAAAUUAAACAACUUAAAGAUUUACAAGAAUUAAAUUUGAAUAGAAAUAAAUUUAAAUUAUUACCAGGUGAUCUUGCAAGAUUAACAUCAUUGAGAACCAUUUGUAUAGAAGAGAAUAAUUUAACCGAGAUUUCAUCAGAGAUGGCAGAUUUCUUGGGAACGAGAUUAAGUAAUCUUGAGAAUGUGACAUUGAGUAGUAAUAGAUUGGUGGUAUUACCACCAUUGUAUACUUGGUUAAAAUUGAAAACUUUAAAUAUUUCAAAUAACUAUCUCACUAAAUUACCAAUUGAUAUCUUUCAAAUCCCGACAUUGGAGGUGUUACGUGUUAGUAAUAACGAUUUGGACGAUAAUGGUAUUCCAAAGAUAUGCACAUCCACUAAAUUAAGGUCACUGGAUUUAAGAAAGAAUCAUUUAACCUCCAUACCAGAGGGUAUAAUUAAUUUAGUGGAAUUACAAGUAUUGACAUUGGCAGAUAAUCAAAUUUCUCAUUUAACUUCUGAUAUCCAAAAAUUAACAUCAUUGACUGAACUCAAUUUAAAUGGAAACCAAAUCCAGUCAUUACCACCCCAACUUUUAUUAUUAACAAAUUUAAAGAAACUUUAUUUAGAUAAUAAUCAAUUACAAUCGAUUAGUUCUGCAAUUCAUAGAAUGCAAUCACUCAUUGAACUUAGAUUAACAAAUAAUAAUAUCUCACGUUUACCACCUGGUAUUGUAGCUUUAAAGAAAUUAAAUUCAUUAGAAUUAACUGGUAAUAAACCAUUAAAAGAUAAUAUACCAGAGAAAUAUAUUCAAAAAGGUAAAGAAGGUAUUUUCUCAUUCUUUUCUGAAACCAUGAGAACCAACGUACCUUGUUAUCGUACUAGAAUCAUUAUGUUGGGUGAUAAAUCAACUGGUAAAUCAAAUUUAAUAAAAUGUUUAAAAAAAUUACCAAAAUCAAGUUUUUCAUCUUCUUCAAGUAAUUUACCAUCAUUAAAUAAUUUAAACAGUAAUAAUUCAAAUAAUUCAGGUAAUAGUAAAACAAAUAUUUUAGAUAUUCAAGAUUGGCAAUGUCCAAUUAAUGUUGAUGGUCCAGAUGGUAAGAAAAAGAAAACUAUUACAAUUCAUCUUUGGGAAUUUGAAGGUAUGCAAAAUGAUAUUAGUCAUGUUUUCUUUGUACCAAAUAUAAUUUAUACAGUUUGUUUCAAUUUAUCUAAAUUUGGUUCAAGUAAAUCAAAUGAACAAAAGAUAACAUCUUAUUUACAUGGUAUUAAUAAUUAUGAUAAAAAAGCAACAAUCAUUAUCAUUGGUACUCAUUUGGAUGAGAUUUCAUCCAAUAGUAAGAAACAAGUUGAUAAAGUAUUCGAUUGUUUAUCUUUAAAAUAUAAACAAUUAUUUCCAACACUUAAUUUGGUUUUUCAUGCAGUUUCAACAUUGAAAUCAGAUGCUGAUGGAAUUAGAAAACUUAGAAGAGAUAUUAAACAAAUGAUUGCAAAGAAUCCAAUACUAAAACAAACCUAUCCUGCCUCCUUUAUGUUUUUAGAGGAUUAUCUUAAAGAGGAAUCAAAUUUAAUGUCACCACCAUUGGUUACCAAAAAGACACUACAACAAAUGGCACGUACAAUGGAGUUACAUAAUGAACCACAUUUCACUCAAUUGAAAUCGUUAUUCAAUUCAUUGGGUUCAAUUGCAUUGUUUGAACAAUUCAUUCGUAUGGAACCAGGUUCAACACCUCAAAAAACUGAAAUGAUUGCUUUGAAUCCAAUUUGGAUAGCAAAGGCAAUAGCUUCAUUGGUUUGUUUUAAUCCUCAAAAUUUACCAUUCAAUGUUAGUGUUAGUGCUGAAGAAGCAAAUGAUGCAUCACAUGAUUCAACAAUCACUGGUAUUUUACCACAUAGAGUUUUACGUUAUGUUUGGGGUACAAAUUCAAAAUAUUAUGUACCUGAAAGAUUCUUUUCAUUAUUUUUAUCAUUAUUAGAAAGUAAUGAUUUAGCAAUUAAUAUUUAUUCAUUAGAAGUUAAUAAUAAUAAUAAUAAUAAUAGCAAUGGCAAUAAUGUAGGUCGUGGUAGAUCAGGAUCAAGAUCAAUGAGUAUUCAUGAAGCAAAUCGCAGUAAUUCUUAUUUUGGUGUUAAUUUAAAUAAUACAAGUAGUUUAUCAAGUUUUACAUCAAAUCAAAAAGUUAGAAAUGGUCGUUCAAGUUCAUUUAAUGCUCGUGUUGGUUGGGCAUUGGUUUCAUCAUUAUUAGCACCACCACCACAACUAUCAAUCAAUGGUAAUUGUUCAAUUAGUUCAAAUUCAUCAUCUUCAUCAUCUUCAUUAAGUAAUGCAUUAAAUUUGAAUAAUAUUUCAUCAAUGAUACCAAUCAUUGAUUUACCAGGUAUUUGGGAAGCUUUUCCAGAGUCACCUGAAAUUCAUCAAUUUUCAAGAAGAUUCUCAUUAGAUGUAAUUCCAAAUGGUUUAUUUGGUAGAUUAUUAAGUAGACUAAUGCAACAUGCUCAUCUUUAUAAAUGUUGGAAGGAUUUAGCAAUUUUAGUACCAGAGAUAGCAUCAAUGUCAACAACAUCAUCAUCAUCAUCAUCAUCAACAGCAAACUCAACAACAACAACAUCAGCAACAACUCUCCAAUCAUUAGCAUCAGGAUCUUCCAACAACACAUUACAACAACAAUUCCGUGAAGAACGUAUUUUAGUAAAUGUUGAUCAUGAUAGUAAUACAAUUGAAAUUACAAUAAGAUUUAUUAGACCAUCAACCUUAUCAAGUCAAGUUUAUAGUAUUUUCGAAUCUUUAGUUUCAAAAUGGUAUAAAGUAUCAUUUAAAACUUUUAUACCAUGUAGUCAUUGUAUUGAAAAGAAAAUCGUUACACCUCAUUUAUUUAAAUUGGAAGAAUGUGAAGCACAAAUAUUUAAAGGUGAAUUAGGUAUUUAUUGUCAAUAUAAACCAAAUAACAAUAAUAGUUCAAAUGAUACAAGUUCACCAAUUGCUUCAUCUAGAUCAAAUCCAAAGAUUUCAAGAAAAGAUUCUAAAAACCUAAUUCAAUCAAAUAAUAAUGAUAAUAAUAAUAGUUUAUCUAAAAAAGAUUUGAAAGAAUUAGCAAAACAAAAUAAAGAAAAAGAAAAAGAAAAAGAAAAAGAUAAAGAUAAAGAAAAAGAAAAAGAAAGAAAAGUUGAAAUUUAUAGAGAUGAUUCAUUUUUGGUACCAAUUCGAUCACUAUUAUUAGAUCAAUUUUCAAUUUGUCAUUUUAUUAAAGAAAUUGAUUAUAGAGAGAUUGAAGUUUUACCAGAUCAUUCUAAUCAAAAUGAAAAUGGUACAUCAACACAAUCAAUGAUGGGAAUGUAUGGUAAACAGUUUGUAAAUAUUAAAGUAUUCAAUGCUCCAUUGUUGGGCGCAGAUUUCCAAAAUAAUUGUGCUCGUAUUCUAUCAAGUUUUAGACAUGAAGCAUUGUCAUUAUAUAAUUUCCGUCAUUCAAAUGUUUUAUCGAUAAUUGGUAUUUCAAUGAACCCAAUCGCAAUCAUAACAGAGAAUCCGACAUUCGGUAGUAAAGGUAGCACAACCCUAUCAGAGUAUAUUCAAGACAGACAAAAGCAUCCUGAAAUUCCAUGGAAUAUUAAAUUAAAGAUUGCAUUGGAUAUAGCUCGUGCAAUGGAUAAAUUAAAUUCACAUUCUCCACCUUUCCUAUUAACAAAUUUAACAAGUUCUGGUAUAAUUUUAGAGAAAUCAAAUGACCAUCAGUCAAGUGGCAAUGGUCUUGAAAUUGAACCAUUUGUAAAUGCAAAAAUUAUAGAUUUUUCACAAUCAUCAUUUUUACCGUCACUAUUUCCAACUAGUACAACACCAAAAUCAUAUCAUUCACCAGAAGUAUUACAAAAAUUAAAUUAUCAUGAAAAUAGUGAUGUCUAUUCAUUUGGUAUUAUUUUAUAUGAAUUGUUAACUAGAUCAAUAGCAUUCCAAGAUCAUGAUAGAUUCUCAAAUAUUGUUAUUAGUGGUCAACGUCCAUCGAUUCCAUUAGAUUGUUUACCAUCAUUUGCAGAUUUAAUUAAAGAUUGUUGGUCAGGUGAACCAUUGAAUCGUCCAUCACCAUCUAAAAUAAUAUCACAACUCUAUACGAUAAAGAAAGAGAUUGAAUCAAAGGAACAUAGUUAUAAGAGUUUAGCGUCGGAUAAUAACAUUUACUCUGACCAUCCAUUACCAUCUGGUGGUUCAAUCAUUUAUCAAGAUAAAAUCAUCCAUUUCGGUGGUUGGAAUAAUUCAUCGAAACCACAUUCAAAAGUGUUUGCAUUAAAUCUUUCAAGCAUGCUAUUCGAGGAUAAAUUAAUGGUUGUAUUGAAUAAUAAACAGUCAACCACCUAUAAAGCAUUUUAUACUCACAUGCAAUCAGAAUUCAAUGAAGAGAAUUUAAUGUUUUAUGAAGCUAUUAAAACUUUCAAAUCUUUACCAAAUCAAACACCUGACGAUCGUGAAAUCAUUAAAAUCCAAUCUAAAAAGAUUUAUCAAGUAUUCAUUGGUGAGAAUGCUCCAAAGGAAAUUAAUUUACCAUUCCUCUUGAAGAAAGAAUUGAAAAAUAAAAUCGAUUUCCCUGAUGGUCCAUCGGUUACAGUUUUCAAUGAUACAUUAACUUUUGUUAUCUCUUCAAUUGAAGAUUCUUUCCAUAGAUUUAAAUUCACAGUUCCAACUACAAAUAAAAAUGGUUGGGUUGAAAUCGAAUGUAAAGGUAUUCCACCAUUACCAAUGGUUGGUCAUAGUAGUAUACUUUGGAAUAAUUCUUUGAUUGUUAUUGGUGGUUGGUUCAAUAAAGCAAGAUUACUCAAUCAAAUUCAUAUCCUAAAUUUAGAAACUUUUGAAUGGAAUCAAUUCGUUUGUACUGGUGAUAUUCCACCUUCAUCAAUCGCCGCUUUAAAUAUAACACUUCAUGGUGAUUACCUUUUAGCUUAUUAUGAAAGAACUGAUUCAAUUAAACAACAAAUUUUUAGAUUAUCUCUUGAUUCUUUUAUUUGGUUUAGUUUAAAACUUUCUAAUGUUUAA